CCACAUGUCAGCAGGUUCAGUUCAGAUGCCAAAGACUUUCUUGCAUGAUAAGAAGCUGCUUUAGUUACUCUCGUUUUAACGACGCCGUUUGGAAGAAGAGAUGGCGCUGAUGGGAGUUCAGCUUGUGGUCAGCUUACUGGCCGCCUGCAUAAUGCAGAGGAUGGCUCCACAUUGCUCAUUUGCACGCUGGCUCCUCUGCAACGGCAGUUUGUUGCGAUUCAAACACCCUUCAGAGGGAGAGCUGUGUGCCCUGGCAGGAAAGCAGAUGCCCAAACAAAACAGGAGAGACAGGCGGCAGAAUGGGGAGAAUAAACCGCUCACUGUGCCCAAAGACAUUGACCUUCACCUGGAGAAAGCACCAGUCAACGUCAUUGACGCUCUCGUGCUGCGCUUUUUCCUGGAGUACCAGUGGCUUGUAGAUUUUGCAGUCUAUGCAACCGGAGUUUUCCUCUUCACUGAGUGUUACUAUAGUGUGGUAGAUGCCAGCAAAGAGGUUAAUAUUGGAGCCAUCUGGUGUGUCCUGACUGUUCUCUUCUGUCUAAAGACCCUUCACACCCUAAUGAGCCACUACUUCCGCUCUGAGGAGGGUGGUGAGCGCUCAGUGUGCCUUGCCUUUGGUUUUCUGUGUCUGCUUGUGGCCAUGUUAGUGUUGGUUGUCAGAGAGGACUACCUGGAGUUCGGCCUAGAGCCGGGUUUUUCCAGCCUCUUUGACAACUUGGAAAUCUUUGUCAAAGAGCAGGGCUACGCUGACUGGUCAAUCCCAGUGACUAAGCUGACAGUGAAGCUUGGUUUGGCUGCUGUCUGUGCCUACAUCGGAGCUCUCUUGGCCUUCCCUGGACUGCGGCUGGCUCAAACUCACCUAGAUGCGGUACAGAUGAACUCAGACCGUCCUCUCAUCCAGAUUCUGCUGCAUAUGGGUUUUCUGUCUCCAGUCAUUGUGUUGGUUUUGUGGGUGAAACCCAUUGCAAGAGACUUCCUGGCCAAUGCACCUAUGGGAAAGACUUCUGUUACUCUAGUAUCCAGUGAAGCAUUUGACAGCAUGCGUCUUUGGAUCAUCGUGGUGUCGUGUGUGCUGCGGCUGGGUCUCACCCGUUAUCACCUCCAGGCCUACCUCAACCUAGCUCAAAAAUGGGUAGAGCAGAUGAAAAAGGAGGCAGGACGUAUUGCUGCAAUUGACAUCCAACGAAAGGUUACACGUGUGUUUUGCUACCUGACAGUAGUUAGUCUUCAGUAUCUGAUUCCAAUUCUGCUCAUCCUAUUCUCAACACUGUCACUUAAGGCACUGGGGGACUUCUCCUGGAGUACAGGUGCCCAGGAUACCCCUGGUGUGACACCAGCAAUCAUCAUGCCCACAGCUGCACCUGUCCUGUCUGGAGCUCUAGAUGAAGAUGAAGAAGGGAUGGAGGACAUGGAGGAAGACAUCCAAGCUACAGUAGCUCGACUGUCAGAGACUUUCACAGCGCUGCGAUCUGUCCUCACACCGCUUUUCUACAGAGGGUUUUUUGCCUUUCUCACCUGGUGGGUGGCUGCCUGCCAGGUCAUAAGCUCUCUGUUUGGCAUCUACUUCCAUCAGUACCUUAUGCAAAACUAACUAAGGAAAAUGGAGUGCCAUACUUCUAUACAUCCAGCAAUCAGCUCACAUUAUGCUGUUGCACAGGAUGCCUGCAGACAGCAGAGGGGACAUUUCAUUAAAAUAGAACUACAGCUGGAUUGCACCAUCUUUCUGGUUGUAACUGAUCAAGGUUGGAUGCUGUCUGUUGCAAUAUUUACUACUUUUUGACCUUGUAACUUUUUGAGACCAGCAGGACUCUGGCAUUAGUAACACACAAAUAUACAGAAAGAAACUGAGUGGGGUCUGCAUCACAAACCGCCUUAACAUGUAUCACAAUGCUAAUUCUAAAUUGGCUCAGUAAAAUCUGGGUUUAAUUGGCCCAGAAGGUGGCACCAUAUACCGAUACUGAUGAUAGCUGUGAUAAUUCAAAUGAAGAAAAUUAUAUUGCAUUAAAAAAAUAUGUCAGCGCAGGUGUUAUUACAGCCUUAUAGUGCAGUGUUUCUACACACUGGUUAACGCAAAAGUAGUUGUCAGACAUUGGGGCAGUCCCUGCUGGUGGGGUGCAGAGCCACUGCAGGUGGGGCGCAUACGACAAAGUGAAAAAUAUGAAGUGAAACUUAACGCCAUUUUU